AUGUCAUCAUUUAUGGAUAGAAUAAACAGUUUGGAGAAUUCUACACGUCAUGGCUUUAAUAAGACUUUUUGCCAUCCAGAUGGCAAUACAAGUUCAGUGGAAACGUUUCAGCUACAGACUCUGAUGUACAUCAUACCAGAAGUGCUGCUGAUCAUUCUUGUGGCAUUCGGGAAUAUUUUAGUGUUGGUGGCAGUUUGGAGGUUCCGUGAACUGCAAACAAGUACGAACAUUUUUGUUGUUAACCUGGCAAUUGCUGACUUAUCCGUUGCCCUCUUCAUUUUGCCUUUGCAUAUCACCAUUUUCAUCAUCCCCGCACUUAAGUCUGUUUUUGUCAUUUGCAUGUUAAGAUAUUGUGGUAUUUUCCUUUCUACAGGAUCAUCAGGACUUAUAUUGCUCCUCAUUUCCAUUGACCGUUUUAUUGCUAUUGAAAAACCUUACUCCUACCCAACGAUCAUGACUACUAGGGUGUCAAAGUUCUUGUGUGCUGCAGCUUGGACUUUCGUCCUGGGAUACGCCUCUCUACCUUUACUAGGCUGGAACGACUGGACACCCUGUGUAAGGUGUACAUUCUCAAUUGUACUUCCAUCGACGUACGUUACGUUCAUAAUGUGUUACGUAUUUAUCGACGUUAUCAUAAUUGGGGCAAUCAACGCGAAGAUAUUCCACACCGCAAACAAGGUGUCCAGACAGAUAAGUGGUCAAGCGGCCUCUGUGUCAGGGGAACGGAAUGACAGUAAAUACAAGACAAUGUUCCUGAAAAACAAGAAAGCUGCCAAAGGUCUGCUUUUGGUAUUCGGUGUAUUUUCCAUUUGUGUUUUGCCUUUUACCAUUUUCACUUUGUGGGAGAUACACGCUUUAGACAGUGACUCUCGGGAGAAGUAUGAUAUCGUCCGGAUAUUCACCACGUUCAUGGGUAUAGCCAAUUCCGCCAUGAAUCCGGUUAUUUAUCACCGGAGAAUGCCACAGUUUAGGAUCGCCUUCCGAAAGCUCCUGAAUCUAAAGAGCAUGGUCAAUUCCCAGCUGCCCUCUGACGAACUCGGGCCGAGGAGCUAA